GAAAACGCAGCAAAACCAACCCCGUAAAAGCUUAUAGAGCUUUAAGCUUUAUGAAGCCAAGAAGUGCUAUUAAUGAUUCAAUGAAAAAGUUCAUAGCACUUACUUUUAAAUGUUUACAUUUAAUGUGUUUAACAACAACAUUUGUGCCUACACUUUAUAAAUGCUAAAACAAGGGUGUCGGAAUGUAAUGUAACAACAUAUACCAUACCAAAUAAUGAUACGAAAAAAAAGGGAAACCAUAAUAAGGGAAAACAUAAUAGAUCGAUAUACCCUUAACAGAGUAUGUCUCUCAUACAUAAUAUUUUCAAUAGUCAUAAUUGUGAAUGCGUUGCCCCCCGUAAUACGCGUAGGUGCUAUAUUUACCGAAGAUGAGCGUGAAAGCAGUAUCGAAUCCGCAUUUAAAUACGCGAUUUACCGCAUUAACAAGGAAAAAACUCUUCUUCCCAAUACACAACUUGUGUACGAUAUUGAGUAUGUUCCUCGAGAUGACUCGUUUCGCACCACCAAAAAGGUUUGCCGGCAGUUGGAAGCAGGAGUACAAGCCAUAUUCGGCCCAACAGACACCCUUCUUGCUGGCCAUGUACAAUCUAUUUGCGAAGCUUAUGAUAUACCCCACAUUGAAGUUCGAAUUGAUCUUGAAUAUAAUUCCAAGGAAUUUUCCAUCAACUUGUAUCCAUCACACACUCUCUUAACUCUAGCCUAUAGAGAUAUAAUGGUCUACUUGAACUGGACAAAGGUUGCCAUUAUUUAUGAAGAAGACUAUGGACUUUUUAAUUUGAUGCACUCAUCAACUGAGACGAAAGCGGAAAUGUAUAUAAGGCAAGCCAGUCCGGAGUCCUAUCGUCAAGUUUUGCGAGCAAUCCGCCAAAAGGAAAUUUACAAAAUAAUAGUGGACACAAAUCCAUUACACAUAAAAACUUUUUUUAGAUCCAUUUUACAACUGCAAAUGAAUGAUCACCGAUACCACUAUAUGUUUACAACAUUUGACUUGGAAACGUAUGACUUAGAGGAUUUCAGAUACAACAGCGUAAACAUAACUGCGUUUCGAUUGGUUGAUGUCGAUAGCAAAAGAUAUCUUGAAGUUAUAGACCAAAUGCAAAAACUUCAACACAAUGGAUUGGAAAAUGUAAAUGGAAUGCCUUACAUACAGACAGAAUCUGCUUUAAUGUUUGAUUCAGUAUACGCGUUUGCGUAUGGAUUACACUUUUUAAGUUUAGAUAAUCGUCCAAAUUUUUCUAUUAAAAACCUCUCCUGCACCUCCGACCGAACCUGGGAUGACGGUAUUUCGUUGUACAACCAUAUAAAUUCAGCCAUUACAGACGGCUUGACCGGGAAUGUUAACUUUGUGGAAGGUCGCCGAAACAAGUUUAAACUUGACAUUCUGAAAUUGAAGCAAGAAAAUAUACAAAAAGUUGGAUACUGGCAGCCCGACGGUGGUGUUAACAUAUCUGACCCAACGGCUUUUUAUGAUUCAAACAUAGCAAAUAUAACGUUGGUCGUCAUGACAAGAGAGGAGCGCCCAUAUGUAAUGGUCAAAGACGAUGCAAAUCUUACAGGAAAUAUUCGAUUUGAAGGAUUUUGUAUUGAUCUUCUUAAAGCGAUCGCUCAACAAGUUGGAUUUCAAUACAAAAUUGAAUUAGUUCCCGAUAAUAUGUACGGUGUUUACAUACCAGAAACUAAUUCAUGGAAUGGAAUUGUGCAGGAACUAAUGGAAAGGCGAGCCGAUCUUGCUGUAGCCUCAAUGACAAUUAACUACGCGCGGGAGAGUGUUAUUGAUUUUACCAAACCCUUUAUGAAUUUGGGCAUUGGAAUCUUAUUUAAGGUUCCGACAAGUCAGCCCACACGACUGUUCUCCUUUAUGAACCCUUUGGCAAUCGAGAUAUGGCUUUAUGUGCUAGCUGCUUAUAUAUUAGUAUCCUUCGCGCUAUUUGUGAUGGCUCGAUUUUCUCCAUAUGAGUGGAAAAACCCUCAUCCAUGCUACAAGGAAACGGAUAUAGUGGAAAAUCAGUUUUCCGUAUCGAACAGUUUUUGGUUUAUAACAGGAACAUUCUUACGCCAAGGAUCUGGACUUAAUCCCAAGAUUUCAGAUCGAGCUCAAACGAAAUUUUUUGCGUUCUUAUCACCACUUGCUAUUGAAAUUUGGUUUUAUAUAGCAUUCGGAUAUAUUUUUGUAUCAAUUUGCAUUUGGAUUGUCGCUCGAUUAUCGCCGAUCGAAUGGGUUAAUUCAAAGCCACCUUGUUCAAUGGCUUGUGACCAUAUAUUGCGCGAAAUACAAAAAGAAAAUUGCUUUGAUGAACAGUUGGAAUUAAUACACAGAAAAAGAAUAUCAGAACAUGAUGAAGAAGUAUAUUUAAACACAGACCACAAAAUAAGCAAAUCCAAUAAUUAUAUUGAACACGAUGAUACUUUAUGUGGACAUGGUUUACCUUUUCCACCUUCAAAUGAUGUUGAUGAAGAUGCAUCGGAUGAUAAUACAGUGGAUUUAGUUCGAAUACAAAACAAUUUCACUUUAAAAAAUAGUUUUUGGUUUGCCAUUGGCGCGCUUAUGCAACAAGGUUCUGAUUUAUAUCCUAGGGCUACCUCAACGCGUAUUGUUGGUGGAUGCUGGUUCUUUUUUUGCCUAAUAAUUAUAUCAUCGUACACUGCCAACUUAGCUGCUUUUUUAACUGUCGAACGGAUGAUAUCACCUAUUGAAAGCGCUUCUGACUUGGCAGAGCAAACCGAAAUAUCAUAUGGAACUUUGGAAGGUGGAUCUACAAUGACAUUUUUUAGGGACUCUAAAAUUGGUAUAUAUCAAAAAAUGUGGCGGUAUAUGGAAAAUCGUAAAGCUGCUGUUUUUGUUAAGACAUACGAAGAUGGAAUUAAACGAGUAAUGGAAGGAAGUUACGCAUUUUUAAUGGAAUCUACCAUGCUGGACUAUGCUGUUCAACGUGAUUGCAAUCUAACUCAAAUUGGAGGCUUGCUGGAUUCUAAGGGCUACGGUAUCGCGACACCUAAGGGCUCUCCUUGGAGAGAUAAAAUUUCACUUGCCAUUUUGGAGCUACAAGAAAAAGGCAUUAUUCAAAUACUGUAUGAUAAAUGGUGGAAAAAUACGGGCGACGUUUGCAACAGAGAUGAUAAAAGCAAGGAGUCAAAAGCCAAUGCACUUGGAGUAGAAAAUAUUGGUGGCGUAUUUGUUGUUCUUCUCUGUGGACUUGCACUUGCUGUUGUUGUAGCCAUAUUCGAGUUUUGCUGGAACUCCAGAAAAAAUUUGAAUACCGAAAAUCAAUCACUGUGCUCAGAAAUGGCUCAGGAGCUUCGUUUUGCAAUGCACUGCCAUGGUUCAAAAUCAAAGCAUAGACCACGAAAACGGAACUGCUUAAAAUGCUCUCCUGGACAAACAUACGUCCCGAACAAUAUGAGUGUGCCAAAUGUGGGCGUACAUUAUAAUUAUUUUAAUUAAACUGAUACGCAUUAAUAAAAAUAAUAGGAAAAAUAAA